CUCGCCCCUUCAGCGCAAUUCCUCGUCGCCUUUCUUCUUGUACAAUAAUUCCAUCUCAUCUUUGCUCAUGGCAGCAGUGACAGAAAAUUAAUAGCUGCCCCGCGCGCCUCAAUUGCACUUCGAACCCGCCACCGCAGAGAGCUCCUCGACCUCCGCAAUGCCGUCACAUCUGACCCGCGUCAUCUUCCGCAGCAUCAUCGCCAACAGACCGCUUCUGUACCGUGGAUGCCUGCACCGCACACCACGGCCGCGAUUGUCUAUAUACAAUGUAAAGAUCCUGCCGGCGCAGCGGCGCACCUUCUUCGACAACAUCUUCAAGCCGCGGCGGAAAGUCAAGCCCGCGGAGCUCCCACCCGGCAUUGAAGUCCUCUCUGAACUGGCCCAUACGCAGCGCGAAGCCCUCCGGUUGCCUCCGCCCGCCGAGAUAAGCCCAGCCCUGAAGGCUUUCUUUGCUCAAAAGGACGUUCGAUUCGAAGAUUUCCAUGUCCAAUUCGCCCACAAUGCGUUCCGAUACCUUCUUGAGCAUCCGAGAGAAGAUGGCCAGCCGUGGCUAACAAGGCAAGAAAUGGAGGAGAUGUUCUGGAAGCUAUUGAAUCACCCGCCCCUCGCAGGAGGAAAGCCGCAUCUGGCCUUCGGAAGAGCACUGCAUGCAGAAUCGAAGAGGUUAGCUGAGAAAGAAGACACCCAAGAAGCAGACGAGCACGAACCCAAAGGACUCAGCACAUACGAGAAGUUCGAGCUCCCGAAGUUCAUCCUACUUCUUUCUAAGUUUGGGGCCAGCCUUGAGGCUAGAGGCAUGGCCGAAAAAACGUACGCUGGCCCAUGUGACUCAAUGGUGGAUUCGGAGAAGAAGGCGACGUUGUGGGCUUGGGCUGCAGUGCUACAGGGCUUAGCCCGUGAGGACAACAAGGAAGAGCUCCUCGCAACCGUCGACAAAAUGCGCCAGCUCUCCGUGCCCUUCUCGGCUAGCAUGCAAAAAGUCCUGGUCACAUAUUUUGCUGAGAGGAAAGGCCUGGAACAAGCAAAGCACUGGUUUUCGCAACCCGUUGUUGGUGCCGAUGGCAUCAACGCCGAGGAACCGCUCGGAGACACAUACACGGCACUUUUGAAGGCUUGCGCCUUGUGCGGGGAUCUUGCGUUUGGCCAGCAAGUUGUAGCUUCCUUGCUGCAGAGGCAGACGCCGAACAAGCAAGCCUGGGACGCCAUCUUCCUGUGGUCUGCUGCUAUUGGGAAGGGCCCGGAUGAGAUCGAUCGCAUGAUGAACGUAAUGGUCCGGCGGAACAACGAGGAGCGACAAAAGAGCCCGUCAACACCAGUAGUCGAGCCAGAUAUCGACACCGUUAAUGCCUUAAUAGAGUAUGCGAUGUCUAAGAAAGAUUCGUACGCCGCAGAGCGGUAUGUAUCUCUCGGCGAGAAGAGAGGUAUACUUCCGAACGCCAAGACCUUUACCAUGCAAAUACGAUAUCGGUUGUCUAUCCACGAUGUCGAUGGAGCUCGAGCCGCUUAUUUCGGCCUCCAAGGGAACGCGUCGGGCGACGAACAGAGCCUGGCAGCGGUCAAUGAGCUCGUCCAGGCUUUGUGCGAGUCCAAGCAGCAUCACAUCGACGAUAUCAUGGCUAUUGUAGAUGAUCUGCAUGAACGCAGAGCUCGACUUGCGCCCGAGACUGUGGCUGCUCUCUGCAUUCUGCACCUGAGGCGAGGCGAGACACAUGACGCCGUCGACCUCCUCCAGGUGCACGCUCAUCGCUUCACUCCUGCCCAGCGCAUCGUCAUCCGGAAAACCCUGGCGGCAUUCAUCAUGGACGGACAGACCAGCACAGCGGACGCCUGGGACACGUACCAGAUCAUGCGCAACUCCUUCCCCGAGACGCCACGCCAGGAUCGCAUUCCUAUCCUGAACGAAUUCUUUGCACGGAAACGCUCAGAUAUGGCCUGCCACGUCUUUUUCCACAUGCGCAAUUCCACGCACGAAGACAUCACAACCAAUAAAGAAGUAUACGUAGCUGCAUUUACCGGCUUCGCCCGCAACGCAGAUGCCGACAGUCUAGAGCUUGCUCACAAUCAGCUCAAGCUCGAUCUAAACGUCGAAAUGGACACGCAGCUCAGAAACGCGUUGAUGCUAGCGUAUGCUGGGACGGGCAACAACCGGCGUGCUCUGGAGUUUUGGGCCGAGAUUGGAGCGUCGAAAGAAGGGCCUUCAUACAACAGCAUCGCGAUUGCUUUCCGCUCCUGCGAGGGCAUGCCGUUCGGAGACACGCACGCCAAGUCGAUAUGGAAGAGACUGAAGGAGCUGGAUAUCGAUAUUGACAAGCAGAUAUUUACGGCGUAUCUAUCAGCGAUCGCACGGAACCACCUUCAUGACGAGGCUCUGGCUUUGGUGGAGUUGGCCGAGGAAGACUACGGAUUUGCGCCCGACUUGUAUAUACUCGGCAACUGGUUCAACACGACGACCAACAUUGAGCGGCAGUCAAAAGUCGAGGAAUGGAUAAAGCAGCAUUACCCGGCGGUGUGGACGGAGCUUGAAGCUCUGGGCUAUUGGGUCACCAUGGACGGCUUCGGCUACAGACAGUACAACAUCAGCCGCGACCUGGAGCCGUAGGUCUUGACGUAAGGCUAGUAUGUAAGCAUACAUGUAAACGACGGCUCUUGGAGCUCCUUGCAUGCUCAGAUGGGCAAGGAGACGAAUACUACUGCUGUUGCUAUCCUCGAGUAAGAAUUCAUUCCGUCAAGGCAUGUCUCGCCUGUUUCACGUCAUGGACGUCAUCUCAACUUCCUCAUGCAGCUAUCGUGCCGCGUAGGCUAGCACUUACGGUCCAUUCUGUUCCACAGCUACACACAUUCAUACGACUCCACGCAGCC